CAGGCAGCAGAGCUACUUAAAAUGAGGAAUGGUUAUACGGAGCCGAGAAGCGCACGACUGAAUGAGAAGACGGAUUGCAAAGAUAUGGACCUAGAAGAGAAACCUCAGCCUGCGGAAAAACCCACCCGCUCAGCUCCUGAAACCAGUCCCAAAGACGAGGACGGAAUGGGAGCAGGAGGGAAGCCCCAAGAUACAGAGCCCCCAGUGAGGACAGAGACCCCCACUAAAGGAGAUUCGCAGAAGAAAAAGGACAGUGGCCGGAGAUCCAGCACCCCCAGUAAAUCCCUUGCCACUGGGACCAGUGCAAGCCCCCAGCCCAAAAAAGAUGGAAUGAAAUCAGAAGAAAGACAGAAGUUGGCGAAAGAACGGAGGGAGGAGCGGGCCAAGUACCUGGAGCAGCGUAGCCAGAUGCAAGCUGCCAAGAAGACGCAGUGGCUGGAGAAGGAGGAGAAGGCACGGCAGCUGCGGGAGCGGCAGCUGGACGAGCGCCGCAGGAAGCUGGAGGAGCAGCGCAUGAAGGCGGAGAGACGCAGGGCUGCCCUGGAGGAGAGGCAGCGGCAGAAGCUGGAGAGGAACAAGGAGCGGUACGAAGCUGCCGUCCAGCGGUCCUCCAAGAAGACAUGGACCGAGAUCCGGCAGCAGCGCUGGUCCUGGGCGGGCGGCCUCACCCGGAAUGGCAGUCAGCGGGAGGGCAGGUGCUCCUUGUCUGCGGUCAACCUACCGAAACACGUCGACUCGGUAAUUAGCAAGAGGCUGUCCAAGUCCUCUGCCACCCUGUGGAACUCCCCGAGCAAAACCCGCAGCCUCCAGCUCAGCCCAUGGGAGAGCAGCAUUGUGGAUCGCCUGAUGACCCCCACCCUGUCUUUCCUGGCCCGCAGUCGCAGUGCCGCCAGUGUUCUGAGCAACAGUAAAGAUGCCCGGUCGCCUUUGUGCCCUCGUUCCUCGUCCGCCAGCCCCCUGACCGCCUGCAGUCACCACCACAGGGUGCAUCAUCGCUCGUCCGAGCGCUGGAAGGUGUCCACCAGCACGCCCGAUAUCACCCAGCGCCAGCGGAGGCGGGACUCCACGCCGAUGGAGAAGAAAAAGAAGGAGAAGAAAGACAAAGAGCGGGAGAAUGAGAAGGAGCGCAGCGCCCUAUCGAAAGAGAAGGUUUUCCGGAAGAGGCAGUCCCUGCCCAGCCUCAAACACAGGCCCGAGUCCAGCACCAGUCCCCUUGCCAAACACCGGACUGCCUCCCCCGCCGCCACCAAGGGCCGACCCGCCUCCCCAAGCCCUGCGGUGUCUCCAAAACCUACCACAGUCCGAGCAACCCCACCUGCCAGCAAGCCCCGCCCAAAGAGAUCCCAGACCCCUGCCCGCGUGGACCCUCGGAUGGCCUCCCCCGUCACCGUGGAGAAGGCCCGGUCCGGCACCCCCGAGGAGGCCAAGAGCGCUGCCUCCAUCCCGUCUGUCGUCACGUCUUCAGCCUCAGACACACCCCCAUCCGUGAGUGCACCGGUCACGGUGCCCGCGUCUAAGCCAGUGCCCGCAUCUAAGCCAGUGCCCGCGUCUAAGCCAGUGCCCGCGUCUAAGCCGGUGCCCGCAUCUAAGCCAGUGCCCGAGCAGACCUCGUCGGACACCAGUUCUCUGCCUUCUGUGCCCGCCCCGACUCCACCCUCCGCCCUGGCUGCGGCUGUGUCCCCGUCCGGCAAGCCCACAGCAGGCACCACGGACCCGGGGGAGGCUGCCCGCAUACUGGCAGAGAAGCGGCGGCAGGCGCGCGAGCAGCGUGAGCGGGAGGAACAAGAACGGCGAGAGGAGGCGGAGCGGGAGCGGGUGCUGUGCGAGGAGCGGGCGGCUCAGGCGGCCCAGGAGCAGCAGCGUCUCCUGGAGGAGCAGCGAAAGCAGGAGGAGCAGGAGGCUCAGGAGAAGGUCCGGGCCGAGCAGGAGGAGAACGAGAGGCUCCAGAAGCAGAGGGAAGAGGCAGAGAUCAAGGCCAGGGAGGAGGCGGAGAAGCAGAGGCUGGAGAGAGAGAAGCACUUCCAGAAGGAGGAACAGGAGCGUCUGGAGAGGAAGAAGCGCCUCGAGGAGAUCAUGAAGAGAACCCGCAAGACCGAUCCUGGGGAAAAGAAAGACGCCAAGACUUCGUCUCCGGCCCACGUCAAUGGAAAAGACGCCAAACCAGACUCUGAGAGCAGUAAAGUGAUGGACUACAAGCCGGGACCAGAGGCGGUGCUGUCCAAUAGGGAAGCAGUGGGCGUCCAAUCACAGGGCAGCAUCAAAGAGAGCCCCAUGGUUCCGGUGAUCAACGGCGUUCAACCGGCCAAGCAUGAGAAUGGACUGUCUUCCAAGGGGGAGUCAGCCGGCUUUGAGGAGAUCAUCCAGCUGUCCAAUCACAGCAGUGGUGAGGGGCGGGACAAGUCUGAGAGUGACGUUUCUGCGGAGCCAAUCCUGGCAUUCGAGGCGGGAGAACCCUUCCUGAAGAAGGCGGGCUCUAUUAAACCUCAGCACGUCACAGAGGUCCUUUGAGGUGUUCGCCUGCGGCAAUCCCACAUCAGCAUCCGAGAGGUGCGUCCUCCCCAUCACCACCGCCCCCCCCCCCCCCCACUCAGCCUCCCCUUGGCCCUCUCCUGCCUGUCUGCAUACAGCCCAGCCCGGCCCAGCCCCCCAACCCUCGCCCCCACCUAGCUGACUUGUGCCAAACUGAGAAGCGGACUGCUCGUGUCCGCGUGUCCAACUUGCCAAUCCCAUGGAAACCACCUCCUGGAGGAGGUGACAGGGGGGUGAGGAUGAAAGAGCAAGGAUGAGAAGACGACCCCCAACGACGCCAUGGGGUGGGGGAGGCGCCCGGCCGCGCGUCACGGUGUUGCGUGUCAUCAGUGUCACGCUGGUUUUACGACGCACCUUACAGGACUGACUGCGUGACCCAUUGUAGAAAGGAAACAGAGCUUAAAAUACACACUAUUUGACUAUUACGAUUAUAAUUAUUGUUGUUAUGAUGAGUUGGACAAAGAAGCGUGUUGGUUAUUUUGUCUUUCAUAAUUUAGUUAUUUAACUUGAAGAGAAUUGAAACUACUGGGUACCAUAAAGAGUUUGUGAAUAUUGUAAAUGAAUCUCAGUGUUGUCCCUGCCUGGGGGGAAUCUGUGGAAUAAAGGGUGACCGAAGGGCCUGGCAA